AAAAAUGACAUCUCAGUCCCAUUCUUUCUUAUACACGUCCUCCUUCUUCACUUCAAUUUUCUGUCGUUAAUUUAACGGAGCCGCUCUCCAUUACCGUCGAGCUUCUGUUGCGAUUGAAUAGGUGAUAAUGUCGAAUGUGGGAACUUCAAAGGGAGUCCUGGAGAUUGCUAAGUUUGGGCUUUAUGUUGCGAUUCCCAUUGUUUUGAUGUACACUUUUGCCAACAACAGUAAGAACAUCCAGAGAUUCAUGGGAAAUCGUUCUUAUGUGGUUUACCCACCAGAGGCGCCUAGGCCUCCGUCUCCAGAGGAAAUGAGGGAGAUGGCACGGGAACUAGCUCGCAAGAACAAUGCUCGUUGAUGCUAUGAUGAUUUCUUGGAAUUGUAACUUGUAAGUGUUGCUCUUUGGCAAAUGCUGUGUUUUCCUUCAGAAAUCAAAUAAAACAGUGGUAUGAUAAGGGGAUAGUGAGUGGGUCACCUCUUCGAGUUCAGUGUGGCCGAAUGUCAACAAUGGCUUGGCACAUUUGUUUGUAGAAUAUGAGUGAUAAUGCGCCCAUUUACAUUUUGGACUUGUACAGUGUAUACUCAAUGUCUCAAACAUGUCUAGCCUAAAAGUUAAGACCAGCCUGCCAAUUUCAUGUUAGCUCUAUCUAUUUAUAUGAAAGAGUUUUGAGACCAUAA